GCUUGCUCCGCCCCCCUUCCUCAGUGGUCUGCUCUCAGCUCUUUGUGUUGCAAUUCCUUGAGAUGUGAAAGAUGGGAGCACUAAUGGUGGAGCCUCAUAUAUCCUGCCAGGGGCUGGGGGAAAGCCUGUUGGGUUACCAAGACGCACCUUAAAGGUGGGCAGGGAAGAUGAUGAGUCCUACUCUUAGGCAGGGUGUGUGUGCCAGAGCGAGCUGCUGACUCCACAUUUCUUCCCUCUGCUUGUUUAAAGAACUGGCCUUUGCUCAGUAGACACAUUCAUUUCUUCAUCCAUCCAUCCAUUCAUUCAUUCACUUACUCAUUCAGUUAGUCUUUAAACAUUUCUCAAGCAUGGCUUGCAUAUGGGCUUGUGGUGGGAUCUGGAGUCUGCAGUCAUGGUGGGGAGCAAGGCUCAGGUUUUAACUUCAAUUUCAUCUCUGCAUGUGGCCCUUGCACACGUUCCAUCCUCCGCCCUUCUCCGCAGCUGCCACCACGCUCUUCUGCGCCGUGCACCUGUUUUCCUUAUAGAGCACUCGUGAAAAUCUGUAAUCAUCCACUUUCUUCAUUCAUUUUCUGUCUCACUUCCUUGCUAAAAUGUCAGCACCUCAGACAGGGGCCCUGCUUCUCCAGUUCUGUUCCUAUCACACUGCCUGCCACACAUCAAUUGCCUCCUAUGUGUCUGCAGAAGGCGGGAAGACACAAGCAUUGACAGACAUGAGCUCACGCAUGACAGUGGCCAGGCAGUUACUGUAGAAUGUCACCCAUUCGCUCAUUUCCUCAGUACUUACUGAGUGUCUGCUGCGUGCCAGGCACUGUUCCAGUGCUAGGGAUGCUCUGGUGAGUGACUGCACCGUUCUGUGAUGUUGAUAUUCUGGUGCAGUGAGACAUCCAUACACGAGCACAAAGGGCCAAGUGUCUAGGGUAGCCCCCCAUUCACAGUCAUGCUUUCUUUUCAUGUCCUGUUUGUUUACUUCAAAUUCUUGUUCACUUAUUUGUGCACUCUCUGUUCCUCUGCCCAACAAGCAUUUACUGUGUGAGUGCAGAGCCUGAUGGUUAUUUUCUUUUCUUUUUUUUUAAAUUUUUUUAUUGUUAUGUUAAUCUGAUGGUUAUUUUCAUUACCUAAAAUAGGCAUAUUUUAGCUCCUAAAUGUUUGCUGAAUGAAUGGGCUUUAUUCUGGUUCUCUUCUGGUCUGAGUGUCUCUUGCAAACCAUGUGCAAGUACAAGAAGGAAUAAGUGAAAACAAUAAAUUGGAUUUGCAUUUACACUUCUGUCCUCCAUCUGACUGCUCAUAAAACCCCUUUGAGCUCAGUGUUCUGUAAGAUGAUGUGGCGGGCUAUGUGGUGAAUUCUGUUCCUUCCUGUGCUAGUGUAUAUAAUCAGGAGGGAGGGUAAAAGUGCAGAAACCCAGGAGCAGAUUCACAAGCUGUGCUUCCCUGGGUAGGAGUGUGCUCCUGGCCAGAUACCUGUACCAGUCUGGCCAACGGAAGCGCAGGGAAUGCUGAUGGUUUGUAUAGUGAUUGGCGCUCGGAAGCUCGGGCUCAACCCAGACAACAUUGCCACGCCUAUUGCUGCCAGCCUGGGAGACCUCACUACAUUGUCCCUUCUGGCUUUUGUCAGCAGCUUCUUCUACAAACACAAAGACAAUCGAUAUCUGACGCCGCUGCUGUGUAUUAGCUUCAUGGCCCUGAUCCCCAUCUGGGUCCUCAUUGCCAAGCAGAACCCACCCAUCAUGAAGAUCCUGAAGUUUGGGUGGUUCCCAAUCAUCCUAGCGAUGGUCAUCAGCAGUUUCGGAGGGCUCAUCUUGAACAAAACUAUUUCUAAACAGCAGUACCAAGGCAUGGCCAUAUUUACUCCCAUCAUAUGUGGUAGGUAUCGGCAGCACCGUCACCUGGGGUCCUCAGUGUGCUGGGCUGUGCUGGCCCCCAGGGCCAGGGCAGUGGGAUCUGACAGCAGCAACUUCAGAGAUCUGGCCCCAGGCCCUCAGAGCCAUGGCCAUGCUUCUGCUGGGCAGCAGCUGCUGGACUGGAAUGUCUCAGGUGGAAGGAGAUCCUUGGGGAGAAAGCCCUGCCCACUGUUCCACCAGCUCACACCCUUUUCCUCCUAGUCACCACGGAGACUUGAGCCUUCCUGCAGAGCUAAAUCCCACCUGUUGAAGGCAUACCGUGUCUAAGCCAGGAUUUGCUGGCCCCUGCAGACAGAAUGUGGCCUUCAGAACUGGGGUGUUGGCUUCUCAUGGUUUUAUUUUGUUUUUAAACUUAGAUUCAUUGAUGACAUUUAAAACUCAGACAUUUGCACAUAAAAAUCUGGAUUUCUGUUUUCUCCUUAAAAAACAAGGCUGUGAUAGUACUGAAUUUACAUUCUCGGUGAGGUGAGAAUCAGCUGCCACUGAGAUAGGAUUUAUGCUGUUCUGUUUGCCUGAAUCCCCUCCAUUUCCCGUUGUCUUUCACCCAACAUUUCACUGAUUCACCUUUUAGGCUUAGACCCUGUGGGCAUUUAUGGUGAGGACCCUCUUUUAACCAAAGCUUGGUUCGUGUCCAGCUUCUGAUAAGAAUCUAUAAAUGGGACCAGCCAGUCAGGAGAGGAACCAAACAUGAUAACUUACUGCACACUUCGCUUGGUCCCAGGCCCUGGUGUUCUGGGUCUGUAGAAACAGGCUUC